AUGGAGUCCUGCACGUCGGGUUACCAAAACCUAAAUGAAUCUGACCGCAGGAUCAGCAAUGCCUUCACUGCUAAGAAACAGGCACAAGACUUCGAAAUGAGCAACGUGACUGUCGUGCCCGAUGAAACGUACACAGUUGCUCAAGCUGUAGACGCUUUUGGAUUUGGCAGAUUUCAAGUGAAGUUGUCGCUGUUCACCGGACUUUGUUGGAUGGCUGAUAGCAUGGAAACAACUAUUUUGAGUAUUUUGUCACCCACUUUGCAAUAUGAAUGGCAGAUAACACUUUUUCAACAAGCUCUAGCAACAACAGUUGUUUUUAUGGGCAUGAUGUUGAGCUUACCAUUUUGGGGAUCAUUCAGCGACAAGUUUGGCCGAAAAACGGCUUUGACUCUAUGUUCAGUGUUAUUGUUUUAUUUUGGCAUUCUUAGCUCAAUGUCACCAAAUUAUACGUGGUUGUUGGUUUUACGAGGAUUAGUUGGAUUUGCUAUUGGUUGUUCUCCACAGUCUGUUACGUUAUAUGCAGAAUUUUUACCUUGUAAACAACGAGCCAAAUGUGUAGUGCUACUCGAUUGUUUUUGGGCACUCGGAGCAUGCUUCGAAGUUCUUUUAGCCCUAAUAGUGAUGCCCACAUUAGGCUGGAAAUGGCUUUUAGUACUGUCCACAGCACCAUUGCUUGGUUUCGCAUGUGUGUGUCCGUGGUUACCAGAAUCAGCCAAGUAUUUAGUGACCAAUGGUCAAACAGACAAGGCGAUUGACACAUUAAAAAAAGUUGCACACGAUAAUGGAAAACCAAUGCUCUUAGGUAGAUUGGUCGUUGAUGAUGUAGUUCUAGAAGAAAAACAUGGUCGUUUUUCUGAUCUUUUGCUGCCACAACUCAGAGUCUCAUCUAUUUUACUCUGGUUCAUUUGGUUGGUGUGUGCAUUUUGCUACUAUGGAAUUGUGUUGAUGUCUACUGGCCUGUUUGAGAGCAGUAACAAUAUUAGGACAUGUUCAUCAAAUUUGGACAGUGGCAUUUUCAAGACUGUGCAGUCUUGUACUGCCGAAUCUCAUUAUUUGACAACUCGGGACUACAUUGAUCUUCUGUGGACAACACUUGCAGAAUUCCCUGGGAUAUUUGCCACCAUUUUUGUGAUUGAUAGAUUUGGCCGAAAGAUAACAUUGGUUUUUCAAUUCACAUUAUUUGCUAUUACUCUAUUUUUACUACUUCAGUAUGCAAAAAAUCGUGUAUUGUUAACAAUCACAUUGUUUUUGGCAAGAGGUAUCAUUGCAGGAGUGUUUCAGGCUGUAUAUGUUUAUACUCCAGAGGUUUAUCCAACGCCUUUAAGAUCCAUAGGAGUCGGAACUUGCAGUGCUAUGGCCCGCCUAGGUGCUAUGGUUACGCCAUAUGUUGCACAGGUAUUGCUCAAGUCAUCAUUUAAUACUUCAAUAAUCAUUUACAUUACAGCAGCUCUAAUGGCCGCUUUAGCAAGUUCAUUAUUGCCAAUAGAAACUAAAGGAAGGGAUAUGAAAGAAGAAUAUGUGGAAAAAGAUUAGUUUUUUAAAAUUGUAAUUAUUUAAUAUGUAUUAUUUCUUUUAUCAGAAGUGUAGUUUACCAUUCACCUAGGGAUUUUAAUUAUUAUUACAACUUAAGUUUUGAUAUUCUUCAUUGUAAGUAGUUGUGGUUUUAGUAACACUUACACAAUUAGUACAUUGAUAUAAAAGUGUUAGAAAUGUUUUAUUUCCACAAAUACUUGUAUUUAUACUGUUAAAAAAAAUAACUCAAAUUAUAGAAUAUUGUUUAUUAUAACUAUAUAGAAGCAAGUAUCUAUGGAUUCAAACCAUUUUAACUCCAUCUUAUAAACAUACUAAAUGUAGCAGUUAUAUUAUAUUCCAAAAAAAGUUUGAAAUAGCCUGGAACGUGUUUCGUAUUGAUUUUUUCCAAACUUAUUUGGAAAAUAGUAUACAAUUUAGUUAUCAAAAGGACUUUGGAACCCUGUAAAAUAUGACUAUUUAAAUUGCUGUAUUCGUCUAUACUCAAUUCACGUUUAAAAGGUUCCUUGGCUACAGACUACAAAUAGGUGUUCUCUGACUGCCAUCCGAUGGAAAAUGGUUCCUUUUUAAUAUGAAAGGAGUAUAUUUUGAUCAUAUACUUGUGACUAUGAUGUUCCACAAUAUUACUCAUUGACUUCCUACCUGAAAAAUAAUAUUGUCCCAAGGACCUCAAUUUGUGCCAACCCUCAGUAUUUAUUAAAUAAUAACACAAUUAUUUGAUGUAAGUUAAAAAAAAUCCUUGUGGUUAAAAAUAUGUUAACUGUGAAUUCUCAGCCCUAGCAUGAAAUUCGGAUUGAGCCAUAAUUUUUUACUUGAAUUACACAAAUUCAAAACUGGAAGUGGCUUGGUAAACUACACUUGAUCCAUAUUUUAGUUUAUUAAAUUGUUAAUACUACUAUGAUUUUUUUGGUUUGUUAGGAAAAUGUGUUAAAUUAAUAUUGACUUAAUAAGAAAUUAGUUAUACUUACUUGUAUAAAAACAGAACCAAGUGUUCUAUAGGCUCAUAUCUAUUUAUUGUUGAUUGUAAGUAUAUUUUUUUACUGCCACAGUACUUUUAUGGAUGUUUAUGUAUUUAAUAAUGACAAAAAAUAAAUAAACGUAUUUCGUAUUUUCAAAAUGUCUUGUGUCUUUAUUUUACUGAAUUAAGACAGAUAUUAAAAGAAGGGGGAAAAUCAACAACAAAGAAGAAACAAAACAUCGAGAUACCUAAAAAAUCGUGCUCAUUAGUUAGACUCGAAAGAUCAAAAAUGUUCACAAACAUAAUAUGUCUAUCAAAAACAAGUCCAUUAUUGCCUAUAAACAAAAGAAACUUACAAUUGUCCAAAAGAAAGUCUACAUUUUAAGGUCUUCAAAAAGGACUUGCAUAACUACAUGGGCAGUAGCCUUCAGUAUAUGUAU